UGUUCAGAAGUUGCGCUGUGGACAAACUACACUGUAGAACUGGCGAAACACCAACGUGGACCAAUGAGAGACGAGUGGAAAGUGAUGGAAGCUUUUAGAAGAUCUAAACGGCGUUUGUUUUCCUUCAACUGCUGGUGACAAGUGAUGUGUUCUGAGUCCUGACUCUUGCCUGCUGCUCCCCCGUUGCCAUAGCGAUGAAGUACAUCACUACCAGAGGAUGGUUCCUUUUGCUUUCUGCCUCUUUUUUGCUGUGCUCACAUGUUGUCAGAGUUUAUACCCAGAAGUCUGAAGGUGCUCUCACUGUGGUGGAAAACACAGACGACAAAGGAGGAGAAGGAGAAGUGGUUGCUGAGGAUGAGGAGGUGGUGACUGUAGAAGAUGAAGACCUGGAGGUGGUCCAGCCAACUGAGGAGUGGCAAACACUCAAACCAGGUCAGACGGUGCCGGCCGGCUCCCACGUCAGACUGAAUCUGCAGACGGGUGAGAGAGAGGUCCGACUGGGGGAGGAGAAGCUGAAAUACUGGACUCAGGAGCACAGAGAGACUGACGAAUCCAAAUCCUCCUUCAACUUUGACGAGCUGAAGAGAGCCAUGAAGAAGAUGAAGGAGGAGCUGAACCUGGCGAGUAAAGACAAGGACCUUCAGGAAUCGCUGGCGUCCAGGUUUCGACCUUUAGAGGAGCUGAAAAAGGACAUGGCUGAGCUGGACCUGCUGAUGGAGACAGACGUUCAGAUCUUGAGGCGACUGCUGGACCAGAUGAACAGCACCAACACCACCACCGAGCAGAGGCUCAGCAUCCUGCUGGAGUUGGAAUAUCUGGUGCAUCAGGUGGAUAACGCUCAAACUCUGUGCUCGAUGGGAGGUCUGCCGCUCAUCCUGGACGGUCUGAACAGCUCCGACUUCAGGCUGCAGGAAAGCUCCGCCUUUGUGCUGGGAUCUGCUCUGUCCACUAACCCGGUGGUCCAGGUGAAAGCGGUGGAGAACGGCGCUCUGCAGACCCUCUUAACCACGCUGGCCACGGCAGAGUCCGUCAGCGUCAAGAAGAAGGUGCUGUUCGCCCUAGCGUCUCUCCUGCGUCACUUCCCGUUUGCUCAGCGGCACUUCGUCACCCACGGAGGACUACAGAUUCUGUCGGAGCUGUUCAAAGCAGACGGAGGCGGCGUUCUGCGGACGCGCAUCGUCACCAUGCUCUACGACAUGAUCAGUGAAAAGGAGCUGAUCUCACAGGCAGGUCUGGACUCGGUCCAGGACCCGUCCCACGAGGAGCGCGUGCACCAGUAUUCCCAGGUGUCCCUGCAGGGGGAGCUGUUGGAGAAGGGCUGGUGCAGCAUGGUGCCCCAGCUGCUGCAGUCGGCAGAGCACGACUACAGAGAGAAGGCUCUUCGGGCUUUAUUAGCGAUGGCGCCGGUGUGUUUGGAUCAGUACCGCUCAAACGCCGCCCUGGCAGGCUCUCUGCACUCCCUCAGACUCCAGUACCAGGAAAUAAUUCAGUCAGAAAUGAUCCUCGGGGAGGAGAGCGGCUACUUUACAGAACUGGUCGAACUCAUAGAUGCUCUGCAGGUCAAAAUGCAAUGAAGAGCGGAUUAGAACUUGACUGGUCAAGAGGGUGCAGGCUGCAUACAAGAGGCCUUUAAACACCGCAAUCAAGUCAAAGACACAGGGAGGAAAAUCUCAGCUGAGAAUUUCUGGGUCUGUAUGUAAAAAGAAUUAACUUAAUGAGUAAAAUUCGGCUUUAAUCGUCUACAUUCAAUAUUUACUUUCUGGUCAGGGAAACAUCACACACUAUAAAGACAUAACUUGAUGAUAAAAGUCAUCUAACACAUUCAAUUCUUUUGGAAAGUGUUUUUUAUUGUUCUGACAAUAAUAUAAAAAUAUGUGUUAUUUAUUUUGCCUUUUCUGGGACUAGAUAGCUUCAUCAAAAGGGGAACAUAAAAAAUAUAUAUAUUGGGAAACCAUCUGGGCUGUACCCUGCCUGGGUCUUGAAGCAGCUCGGAUAGGCUCCGGCAACAACCAAUGAUCCUACACAGGAUGAAGUGGGGAAGAUGUAUUUGGAUGGUUAAUAAUUGCCUAAAAUCUAAAUCUGUAUUUAUUUUAUGAUUUAAAAAGAAUUUGAAAAACAUGUUUAAGUGUACAUGGAUUAUGGGGUGUAAAUGAACUCAGGAAACUCCUGACACACUGUUUCGUCAUGCCUUUAUUCUGAAAUGCCAAACCGGAAAUGUUCUUGUUUUACUUGCUCAUUAAAUAACGUCAACAGAACCAAA